UCUGCUUUGACAGAGGUUCAAUUUUCGGAAAUCUAAUCAAAAAUUAUCAAAACAAGUAGAUUUGCGAUGAUUUGUAGUCAAAUUCAAUUAAAAUCUGGUCUCAGGUUGUUUCAGGUGUCACGAACUUUUUACACUGGAUCAUGUCUUCUUGCAGGACACUCAAAAUGGGCGAAUAUUCGACACACAAAAGCCGCACGAGAUCGUGAAAUGUCGGUAAUCUUCAAUAGAUAUGCAAGACAAAUGCGAUUAGCCAUCCAGGAAGGAGGAUCACCGAAUCCCAAGUUAAAUUCACAACUUCAGUCCCUCAUCGAUCAGGCAAUUAAGCACAAGAUGCCGAUGGGAACCAUUCAAAAUGUCAUAAAAAAGUACUCGGACCCCGCAAAUUCAGCGAAACUCGUGCGUUUCAUCCAAGACAUGAAAGCACUCGGAAAAGUUCAAAUGAUUGCGGUGCUUGUGACGGAAAAUCCAAAGGGAACUAUCCAAAAUAUGGCGAAUUUCAUGAAAAAGUUCGCGGGAACCAAUUACGAUAAUUGUCGCAGCAUGUUCGACGAACGAGGCGUCAUUGAAGCGACAAUUCCGGACAAAUUUAAGGACCUGGAUGAGGCGGCGUUGGAAGAAGCUUGCACCGAUGAUGCUAUUGAAUGCGGCGCCGAAGAAGUUGAAGUCGUGGAUUUUGCUGAAAAAAUCGUCACUUUCGCAUGCAAUCCUGUCGAAUUGGAACGAAUUAAACGCUCAAUUACGGAACGAGGUUACUCCAUAGACUUCGCUGGACCCAUUUUUGUACCUAAAAUGACCGUGAAACUCACUCCUGCUGAAAUAGAGACGCUGGAAAAGUUGAAAGCGAAACUGAAAGAAGUUGAGGGCGUCGAGGAAUUCUUCGAUAAUGUUGAUUAUUCAUAGUUUAAUUGACGAAUUGUUGAAAAAAUAAAAUGUUUUUAGCAAAAUUUUAAAAGAAAUUCUACAAAUGACGUUUGACGGACACGGAAUUAAAUUUUUAAAUUACAAAAAAGGCUAAUUUCUGACAAUUC